UCUCUCUGUAGUGUUCAUGUUUUGCCCUUACCCUUUUAAGCAUGAAGAUCAUAGGUAUUGAUACUCCCCAUAACUUUGUUGAUUUGUGUUGUGGGGCAUUAGGAUUUGUGGAUGCCCGGGUGCAUGAAGUGUGAAGUACUUCAAGUACAAUGUCACAAAAGUGGCUAUUGCUGUAGAGCAAUCAACAACUAGCUGAUUGUUUUUACUGAGUCUAUCCAUGCUUUUGUCCUGUCCGGGCUAUGAUUUUAUAGCUUUUGCUCGAAAAAAAGGUGGAGGUCUUCCUAAAUUGUUUACCUUGUGUUAAGAGUGAAUGCAUCACUCUUUCAUGGCGCUUUCACUCACUAAAUUUGAAGGGUCUUGAUAACAAGCUAACUGGAAGUAGAAACGAAUAACACCUUUCAAGACUUCUUCAAAAUGAAUGAAUGACGCAUUUCAGUUAAAUCGCUUCCUUCAAAUUGACAUUUUAAACUUUCAACCAAAUUAAAAAAUGCUUAACAAGUGCCUAAGGGGCACACUUUGACAUUUUCCAAUUUUGAAUGCAUCACUUUUUCAUGGUACUUUCACUGACUGAAAUUAAACUUCCUGGUGAAAGAAUCCCUAGGACAGUAGCUGGGUGAAGUCUAAGCUUGGAUUAAGUUAGCCCCAAAAAAUACUCCUGGAACACUGGAAAAACAACAACAUUGUACCGAUCCGUCCCAUGUGUCUUAUUUUUGUUCAUAGCCCAAAGAACUCCUUGACCUCUUGUUUAUUGCUUUAACGUGCACAAGUUUAUGUUUAUGACUGAAAUCAUGGAUUUUCAUUUGCGAUGGGUUAAUUUUUAAGAAGUAAUGGUAAUUUGUCAAAGGUGUUAGUAAACUACACCAAAAAAAAAAAAAAAAAUACGAGUUUCAUAUACAUCAAAUAUGGAACUUCCCUGUUGAAUUCAAACUUCCAUUGCUUUUAUAGUCUCUACUCGCAGGCUACUCCACACUACUAAGUAGACUCAAAUUAUACUGGAGUUCCUUCGACCGCUAGGAUAUGAGUUGUUGAACAGCUUUGGUUGGAAGUUUUUGUUUUGAUGUAAAAGCCCCUGCAGUUCAAUCACUUCUCAGUAUAAUUGUCAUUGUCAAAAUGUUACUUGACAAGUUGCACUCCAUUUGGUUUACUAGGUAUGGACAUUGCACAAUUCUACCUCGAUGGAAACACAGAUGCAGUUGAAUUUUGUCCACAUUAUUCUUACAACCAUGUUCUAGCAGCUGCGACUUACACGCUGCAAGAAGGCGACAAUCCUUCUCGAUCUGGCAGCAUAGUACUCUUCAAUGUCAAUGCUGGUUCAGGCCAACUUGAUUUAUUACACUGUCUGGAAUCCACUGGUAUUUUUGAUAUCAAAUGGAGCCCUGUUGAUGCUAACAUAGGACGUCCCUUGUUGGCACAAGCUGACUCGGAUGGUUAUGUCAAAGUUCAUGGCUUGGAGAGUUCUUCGGAUGGACCGGAAGAAAAAGGUCUUGUGUUGAGAGAGGGCACCAGUGAAAAAAUCAGUUCUUCUAUGUGCCUAUGCCUGGAUUGGAAUCCUUCAGCUACAUCGAUAGCAGUGGGGCUUUCUGAUGGCUCUGCCUCACUAUUAUCUCGCUCUGAGACCAAACUUGAAAUCGAGCAAGAAUGGAAAGCACAUGAUUUCGAGAUGUGGGCGGUUUCCUUUGAUACCCACCAACCCCACUUGUUAUACAUGGGCUCAGAUGAUUGUAAAUUCAGUUGUUGGGAUGUCCGUGAUUGUCCCUCAAAAUUAGUGUUCCGAAAUUCCAAGGAACAUAAAAUGGGUGUUUGCUGCAUCACGAAGAGUAUGUCUGACCCUAAUGUGGUCCUUACUGGUAGCUACGAUGAACACAUUAGAGUUUGGGAUAUAAGAUCAAUCUCAAAACCUGUAAAUCAGAGUUCAAUCUGCUUGGGGGGAGGGGUUUGGAGAAUCAAGCAACAUCCUCAUGUACCCGGUUUAGUCUUGGCAGCUUGUAUGCACAAUGGAUUUGCACUUGUUGAUCUCAGGGGCGAGGAGAUUAAAAUUGUAGAGACGUACAAUAGGCAUGGCUCACUUGCAUAUGGUGCAGAUUGGCAAAAAGGUGGGUCAAUAGAUGGCAAAAGAGAGAAUAUGGUGAUUGCUACUUGUUCCUUUUAUGAUAGACUUGUCCGGAUAUGGACACCGCAGUGUAAUAUAUUUGCAUGACCCCAUACAUUCUUGAGAAUUUGUGAUGACCAGGAUUUGUAAUUUUAGGGGCUUUUGCACUAAAUCCUAAUCUAUUGUAAGAAUGCUUUGAAAUUAAUUUUGGAAGUCCUUGCUGGACAAACUUAAAAGCUGGCAAUGAUACUUGUCUUUCACU